AUGAGCACUAUUCAAAACGACGAAGUGGAGAUAAUUCAAAUACCCUUCAACAAGAGGGUGGAGCCGGGGAGCCGAGCGGGAAUCGCGGCCAGUACAGUGGUAGCGGUUGGACUGGCCAUUGCUGCUGCCGGAUUUGCAGGGGGUUACGCUUUGCAAGCCGUGAAGCAUACGGAGCCUCAGGUAAAACAAGUUGUUCAAAGUCUACCGAAAUCUGCCUUCAGUGGUGGCUAUUACAGAGGUGGGUUUGAACCCAAAAUGACAAAACGGGAAGCAGCAUUAAUACUAGGUGUAAGCCCUACUGCCAGUAAGGGAAACAUAAGAGAUGCUCAUCGACGAAUUAUGCUUUUAAAUCACUCAGACAAGGGAGGAUCUCCUUAUAUAGCAGCCAAAAUCAAUGAAGCUAAAGAUUUACUAGAAGGUCAAGCUAAAAAAUGAAGUAAAU